AUGCUACUCGGAUGUUGGAAAGGUAAUCAGUUCAGUAAACAAGUAUGGCGAGUAUAUAUAGUCACGUGGACGGAAAGAAAGGAAGAAUCUGCUUCUCGCUGCCACAAGCUAACAACCCACAUCAAUAUUCCAAGAUUUACUCCGGAUGAUAUAGACAUACUUGUCUUGCCUGAAAUGGCAUUUUCAGGCUAUAGAUUCAAAAGCAAAGACCACAUCAAACCCUAUCUGGAAGAUGCAGAAACAGGAACCACUGUCCGAUGGGCAAAACAACAAGCCGCACGCCUAAAUGCUUAUGUGAUGGUUGGCUAUCCCCAAAUAGUCAAAGGUAAUCCUGACAAGUACUACAAUAGCGCAUGCUUCGUUGCCCCAUCUACCGAAAUUCUUGCAACAUAUCAGAAACACUUUUUAUACGAAACCGACGAGGCUUGGGCAGAGGAAGGUCCAGGUUUCAUGUCGAUUGAUGUACCAGACCUCGGAAAAGUUGGUUUGGGCAUCUGUAUGGACUUAAACCCUUAUCGUUUUGAAGCGCCUUUCACUGAUUUUGAGUUUGCGAAUUUUCAUCGCGAACAACAGUCAAGCAUAAUACUAUGCUCAAUGGCGUGGUUAGGGAAGGAUGCGAGUGAAAAUGAUAGUGAUCAAAGCGAUCCUAGUUCUGGAAGCGGUCAUGAUUCAAAUGGUGAAGACGACAAUGUCCAGGAUGACGACGUCAUGGAGGUUUGCAAUUACUGGUGCAUGAGGUUAUUGCCAAUAUAUAAUGAUGCUUGGGCUAAUAAUAGCAUACCCGAGACGUCUCAAAAAAUAAGGCGAUCGAUAAUAUUCGUUGCUUGCAAUCGGGUUGGCACCGAAGGAGGUGUCACCUUCGGCGGUAGUAGCUCCGUGUUUGUCUUAUCGAACUAUCGCCCAUUAAUUCUCGAUCACUUGAAAAGUAACGAAGAGAAUGUCUUGAUCGUAAAAGAUGAAGUCUUUGAGAGAACGGCUAGAUUCUUGAACCAAUAA